CCACGCACAAUUAACAAUCUUUCCUCUUACCACGCCCUUUCUUUUAGCCAUAUUGCACCAUUUGCACGAGGGUAUACUCGUCAGCAGGUCAGUCUGUAGCCUUGACAAAGUAUAUUAAAGUUUAGAAAUGGGUAGGAGGCCGGCUAGAUGUUACAGGUAUUGUAAGAACAAGCCUUAUCCAAAAUCAAGGUUUUGUCGUGGUGUACCAGAUGCCAAGAUUCGUAUAUACGACCUUGGUGCGAAGAAGACCCCGGUUGAUAAUUUCCCGUUGUGUAUUCACCUGAUAUCCAAUGAGUUUGAGCAGUUGAGCUCCGAGGCACUAGAGGCUGGCCGUAUCUGCGCUAACAAGUACAUGGUAAAGCACUGUGGCAAGGACCAGUUCCACAUGAGAAUUAGACUCCAUCCAUUCCAUGUCAUUCGUAUUAACAAGAUGUUGUCAUGUGCUGGAGCCGACAGGCUUCAGACUGGUAUGAGAGGUGCCUUUGGUAAGCCACAGGGGACGGUGGCACGUGUACACAUUGGCCAGCCAAUCAUCUCCAUCCGUUCUAAGGACCAGCACGAGGCUUCCAUUAUUGAGGCACUCCGUCGGGCUAAAUUUAAAUUCCCUGGACGUCAAAAGAUCUUUGUUAGUCGUAAGUGGGGUUUUACCAGGUGGAACAGAGAUGAUUACAUCACGAUGAAGAGGGAGAAGCGUCUCUUCAAUGAUGGGGUGAAUGUACAAUAUGUACCUAACCACGGGAGUCUGGCGGCAUGGAAGCAUCACAUGACUGUCCAUUAAUUAAUAGAUCAUUAAUAAUGAAUAUUGUAUGGAGAAUUCUGAAAGAGUUUUGAUAUUUCGUCUUAAU